AACGAAGCGAGUAGAUAAGAGCAUAAAAAACCACCACUCAACGCACCGGAGCUUCAGACAAAAUUGUAUUAAAAUUUUAAAAAUCCGAUGGACCUUCAGACACCGUGCAACAUAUUCUACAACCGGAACCCAUUACUUACCCUGCGAACCUUUCCAUCCAAAAACACAUUAAAAUGCCGCAGCAAUACGGCGUCGUCGGAGCUCCAAGCUUCACCGGAAGUACCUCGCUUUUCCGUCGCUUCGUCUGCCCCUUCCCAUAAAGUCACCGUUCAUGAUAGACAACGUGACGUUGUUCACGAAUUCUAUGUUCCUGAGGAUCAAUAUAUAUUACAUACAGCUGAAGCACAAGACAUAUCACUGCCAUUUGCUUGCAGGCACGGUUGUUGUACUAGUUGUGCUGUCCGGAUAAAGUCUGGACAACUUAGACAGCCAGAAGCAUUAGGGAUAUCCGCAGAGUUGAAAGCUAAGGGUUAUGCUCUCCUUUGUGUUGGUUUCCCGACUUCUGAUAUUGAAGUUGAAACACAAGAUGAGGAUGAGGUAUACUGGCUUCAAUUUGGACGAUAUUUUGCUCGAGGACCUAUUGAAAGGGAUGACUAUGCGCUGGAACUAGCCAUGGGUGACGAGUAAACCUCUAGUCAAAUUGUAAAUUAUAAGGAAACCAAUCAUUAAAUCGAUAUUAGUAUGUUACAUUCGUGCUGUUAGAAAACAUAUGAGAAGCUCCUCGUACUUUUGACAUGUUGUUUCGGUGUUUCCUUUCAAAAAGUUAAUACAUAUAUAGCCCCCUUAAAUCUUGA